AUGAUAGUUUUACAUAAUAAUUAUAUAAUAUUUUUGUAUUUUAAAUUAACUUUAAAAAAUACAUUAAUAACUGUAUCUAAAUAUAAAAAAUAUAAUAAUAAUUUUAUAUAUGUUAAAAAUUUAAAAUAUAUUUCAUGUGGAUGUUUAAAAUCUUUUAAAAAUAGAUUAAAAAGUACUAUAAUAGCAAAUAAUAUUAUUACUAUUAAUGUAAUAAAAUAUUUAAUAAAUAAAAAUUUAUUGAAUAUUAAUAUUAUUUUUAAUGGUAUAAAUUCUUAUAGAAUACAUAUAUUAAAAUUAUUAUUAAAUAUUAAAUAUAAGAAUAAAAAAUUAAAUAUAAAUAAAUUAUUUGAUGUAACUUCUAUAUCAUAUAAUGGAUGUAAAAUUUCAAAAAAAAAAUGUUAA